AUGUUUUCGAAGUACCCCGAUGCCGACGUUGUCAAGUGCAUCAUCAGACUGGCCGCAGAGCAUCCUGCAUUAACACCACUGGUGGCUGGGGGACACUCUGCAGCCAUACCAGUCCAAGCAUCAGACAAGUGCGCGCCCGCGACAUGGCUACCGGGGCAGUUUGAGAAGCGGGCGCUAUCUUCUGUCACGUCUGCUUCGUCUUCUGCCUCCUCCAUUUUCAGCUCCGCGGCCGCAACGUCUACUGCCAACGCCACUGUGCCGGUCACCAUCAGCCCCGUCAUCACCAAUGGAAACAUCGCUGCGGGCCAAGUCAACUGUCGGUACACGGACUCUACCGAAGACAUGGACAUCAACUACUACACUUGUACCGCGUUAGCUACCAAAUACGGAAUCAGUGUUGAGACCUUCUUGUUGAACCCAGACCUGAAGACUGAUUGUUCCAACAUUCAACCUGAUACAGACUAUUGCGUCCAAGGCUUCAUUGAGCCUGUACGAGCCACGGCCGGACUCUGCGGUCCUCCAAACGGGAAUGCCACUUGUCUAGGCACAGCAUAUCAGUGUUGCAACGCAAACACCUUCACACAAGACUGCGCAGACGGAACCUCCUACGAGGGCGCAUGCGCUGGCGACGCCGUCUUCACCACCGACGGCAAAUGCGGCUCGCAGCACGGCUACAAGCAAUGCGCUGGCGUUUGGGGCGACUGCUGUAAUGCUGUCGGCGACUGCGGUACGGGCGCGGACUACUGCGGUUACGGUGUGUGCCAACUCGGAAACUGCACGAUUCCGUCGGCGCCUUCGGGCCCGCCUUCGUCGGGCUCUUCCUCCAGCUCAACAACCUCAUCUCCCCCCGCUAUGACGGCGACUUCAUCCUCCUCCACCCCUAAGACAACCUCCACGUCUACGACCCCGACCGCAACCACUGCCCCAAGCACUGUAGUCCCCGGCGAAUCCGACCUUCUCGUGUGCGGCCAGACCUGCUUCAACAACAUGCUCGCGCAGUACUCCGCCCUCGGCUGCGCCAGCGCCCAGGAUUCGUACUGCCUCUGCAACAACGCCAACUUCAGCAACGGCCUGCGUGACUGUUCCAACGGCGCCUGCGGGACCGACGCCGCGGCGGCCAGCAGCGCCAUCGCCUUCGGCAGCGCGUACUGCGCCACAGCGUUUGCCACGCACACGGCUACGGCCACGGGGCUGGCCGCGCUGCCGUCGUGCGGGCAGACAUGCUUCCACAAUAUGAUCGCGCAAUACUCGGCUCUGGGGUGCGCCAGCCCCGUGCCCUCGUGCCUCUGCGAGAAUGUCAACUUUGGGUACGGGCUGCAAGACUGCGCCAACGGGGCGUGUGGCACAGUGACGGCAUCGACAGUCAUUGCGUAUGGGAGUUCGUACUGCGCGUCUGCCACGGCGGCUUCUUAG